CGCAUCUUGUCAGCAUCCCACCUGCAUCAAGGGAGCCAUCUCAACUCCGCCAGCUUCUGGUGUUGGUAAGAUCGCAAUGAAUUCGGGGCAAUACGAAUGAUACAUUGGAUGACUAGCGGUAAUACUUGCCGAGGACCAUUUGAUCGCAUAAGAUACCGCGGACCACCGUGAAGCAUACCGGUAGUGCUCCCGAGUCCUUUCCGACGGUUUCUGAGUACCAGGGGUUGGUUACGGGGAUGGCGGGUCUGUCACCUACAGCGACCGAAAACCGCGCGAGCUUAACACCAUACGAGACAUCCCCAUCUCUUUCUACCGUACCAUCUACAGCAACCAACGCCACUCCUCUUUCAACUCCUUCUAGUACUGCUACCGCUUCAUCACAGAAACCGCGCAGUUGUGUGGUUUGCCGAUCUCGCAAGGUUCGCUGUAACAAAGAAUCGCCAUGCUCCAAUUGCAAACGCGCUGGUAUUCCUUGCGUCUUCCCAUCCGCUGAUCGACCACCAAGAUGGGCUAAACGUCUUGAACGGUUUGCUCACAAUGCGGCGGCUGAAGAGAGAUCAGCACGUGCUGUCGCUCCUCCCACGGCCCAGGUCAUGGAAAGACUACGAAAUCUUGAGAAUCUUGUCAAAGAUCUAACCAGUCAACUAGAGCAAGCUCACGCUCUUUCCAAUCCGUCGACCGGAAACUCGCCUGCUAGCUCUGCGAAUGACCGUGAUGGUGAUCACCAUGCCGCGACACAUCUAACUGCGGGGGGUAGCAGUGUUCAUUCGCAGUUGGGUAGACUGGUACUUAACGAUGCUGGACGUAGUCGCUACAUGAGCAGCAGAUUUUGGUCGCAUGUCAAUGAUGAGAUCGAUGGAAUCAAGAUGGAAACGCAGCAUCUCGCUGAAGCUGACGUUAACUCUUCAGAUGAUGAAGACCCUUCUGGCGCCUCACCUUCGACACAUGAACUUGAAAGAUCACCCUCAGAGCGCCAUGCAUUUAUUUUUGGACAUAACCUCGGUCAAUCAGGUCCAGAUCUUAGCGAGCUGCGUCCAUUACCAUCCCAGGUACCAUUCCUCUUGGAUGUUUUCUUCGAGAAUGUCAACAUCAUUGCUCCAGUUGUUCAUCAACCUACCAUCAAAAAGAUGGCACGCAGUUCAAGGGACAUUAAUAACACCUCAAUAUCACCAGCAAAUGAAGCUCUUAUGUUUUCUAUGUAUUAUGCUGCUGUCACAUCAAUGGAGGACGAUGAUGUCGUCAAUAAUUUUGGAUCUACAAAGGCCGAGCUCAACCUCAGAUUUAGAAUGGGACUCGAAUAUACUCUUGCUAAAGCGGACUUUCUCAACAAGCCUGAUUUAGUACUUGUACAAGCUUUUACCAUUUUUUUAUUCCUUGUCCGUCGACAUGAAAGCCCAAGAUUUGUCUGGAUGAUGACAGGUCUUGUUAUUCGCAUGGCGCAGUCUCUUGGGUUACAACGUGACGGCACACACUUUAAGCACCUUACUGCGCUCGAGGUUCAUAUACGAAGACGGGUGUGGUAUUCAUUAUGCUCACUUGAUGUACGAUCAUCGGAGGACCAAGGUACCGACUUCACUAUCCAGAUUGGUAGCUUCGACACCAAACUACCUUUGAAUAUCAACGAUGACGAUAUCGAUAUCAAUACCCGAGAAAUGCCGACAGCACGCGAAGGACUUACUGAUAUGUCUAACGCUAUCGCUAAUAUGGAAAUUAGCAACAUCUCAAGACAGAUCGUAACCCCCGGGAUUGGACUUGAAGAACAAAGCCGUCUAUUGAACACCAUUUACACCACAGUAGAGGAGCGUUACUUGAAGUUCUCGCCACAGUCAGGCGAUAUCUCACAUUGGGUCAUGCUUGUCGUCACUCGUCUUGUUAUCGCAAAGUUGACACUUUUCAGUCAUCUACCUGUUCUAUUCUCCUCUCCUAGAGAAAGCCUCUCUAACGAGAUUAGGAACAAGCUUUUAAUAGCUGCGAUUGAGGUUGCAGAGUUUAACCAUGCGUUAAAUACCGAAAAAGCCUGCCGCCAAUGGCGUUGGGUUUAUCAAACAUACACACACUGGCAUGCUAUUGUUUAUCUUCUGAUCGAUAUCUGUCGUCGUCCUUGGUCACCAAUUUCCGAGAGGUCAUGGUCCGUAUUACAUAGUCCCUGGUUGAUUCCGGCUAGAUCAACGUUGGAUAAGGAUUCGCGGACAUGGGUUCCUUUGCGCAAACUCAUGUUGAAAGCCCGAAUGCAUCGACAUCAGGAAUUGGAACGACUACGUCAUGAUCUAGCAGCUGCUGAACAACUAGAGAUUGAUGAUCAGACUCUCCCUGUGCCCUUGACCACUGGUUCUGUCUCUGCUAGUGAUGUAGCAGAUAUAUUCAGGGGGAAAUGGCGCGGACUUGUGGGCAUGUCUGAAAUGCCUAAGGGGAUACCGCAAACCGAGAAGCAGACUCCCCUGCCAUCUUCUGAACCGGCCCAUGUUCCACUCAACCCCCUUCGACAAGAUCAGAACGAUGAGAUGAGUGGUAUAACACGGGUCCAGGAUACCUACCCCUCAACAAAUGAUGCCACAAUGCCCGAGGCCUCUAUGCGUUAUACCGCACCUGGCGCUAUGACGUUUGAUCAGCCACUAAUUAAUGGACCACAAUUCAACGCAUUUUCCCGACCCGCUAUAGACUGGUCUAAUGGUCACCCCGAGAGUGCUGGGCUUCUUGGUUGGUUUUGGGCCGACGCUGAUCCUGCUGCCGAUGUAUUCGGUGAUAUCAAUAUGGACCCGAUGGACUUCAACGUUGACCUAGAUGGAGCUGUAGAUUGGCAUAAUUGGGUCGAGUCUGCAAAGGUGAUGGAAAUGGAUGCACAGGAUGCACAAGCGAGGGCAAAUAAGCCAAGUAGAUAAUCUUGAAGUAAGUAUCGCAAAUGGUGGAUCUCAUGUUACAGGAAAUACCGAUAAUUCCUCGAACCUGUACACUGCUGCUCUCACGUCAUUCCAUUCUACACAUCAGCAGAGCUCAAAUGCGGCAAUUACAGCUAGAAUGAUAGCUGCCGGCCUGCAAGAGAGUACCCAAACUCGAGGCGGGUAAAUACUCUAUUGAUACUUUUAUGCUGACCCAAUGAUGAGUCUCCUAGUUGAUAUUCCUAUCACUAUUCAUCCUAUACGAAACAGAUCGGCA